GUUAUCACUCCACUUGCACCCGCUCUCUCUCCACCUCUUGGUCGCACGCUCUCACUUGCUCCUGACUACAAAAUCAUGUCCGACAGAAACAGCCGGCUUAGUGUUAAGCGAAAGGAGAAGAAGGCGGAAAACAAAAGCAACGACGAGGAGAAAGAAAAGGUCAAAUGCGCCAAAAAGGAGGACAAAGUCGCGAAAAAGCCAGGGACGACUCCUGAGGCCUGUGCGGUGGAUGAGGAGAAGAGGAACAGGGAAGCUGCCGGGGCAGCAGGCGAACAAGUGAAGAAAAAGGAUGGAAAUGGAGAGUUUGAGCCGAUUGACCUGCCACCGUUUGAGAUCAUCUCAGGAGAGCAGAUGAGCCCAUUUUACUUCAAGUUUCAGUUCAGGAAUGUGGAAUACUCAUCAGGAAGAAACAAGACCCUGCUGUGCUACAGAGUGGACACACCAGGAGGCAGCACGGAGCCUUUGAAAGGUUAUAUGGAGGAUGAACAUGCCACAGCUCACGCCGAAGAGGCUUUCUUUCACCAAGUGCUCCCUGACAAUAACCCCUCUCAAGAAUUUGACGUCACAUGGUACGUGACAUCGAGUCCCUGCGUGGCCUGCGCUGCCAAGAUUGCCAACAUCCUCCAGCAACGCAAGAAGCUCCGCCUGUGUCUUUUCUGCUCUCGUCUCUUUGAGUUUGAGGAUCCCGAGAUAGUGGAGGGGCUCAAGGCCUUGGUGAAUGCUGGCUGCAAGCUGAGAAUGAUGAAACCCACAGACUUUCAGCUUGUUUGGGAGACCUACGUGGAGAAGGAGGACCAGAGCUUUACUCCCUGGGAAGAUUGUAUGGAGAACUACGAAUACUAUGUGGAGAAACUGGCUGAGAUCCUCAAGUAGAUGUAAGCCAGCAAAUGGGUUUGCAUUAAUUGAAGUCUUUCACUUUCUUUCAAGUGUGGACAGAAUGUAUUUUUUUCCCACUUUUUGGCGGUAAGACACAAAGUUUUCCUUUGUGUAUUAUUAUGAUUUUAUUCUUCACGUCUUCACAACAGACAGCCGGCGAACAGUUUUUGCUGUCACAUAUACAUUAAAGGUACAGCUCUGGUCUUUAAACUUUA